AUGGAUCGCGGCGCGGAGUUCCGUAGGUGGAAGGCGCAGUGCCUGAGCAAAGCGGACCUCAGCCGGAAGGGCAGUGUGGACGAGGACGUGGCUGAGCUCGUGCAGCUCCUGAAUGGGCAGGAGCAGUUCUUUACCACCAGCUCCUGCGCCGGGCGCAUCCUCCUCCUGGAUGGGAAUAUAAAUGGCUUUGAGGUUCAGAAACAAAACUGUUGCUGGCUCCUAGUUACACACAAGCCUUGUGUCAAAGAUGAUGUGAUUGUAGCUCUGAAAAAAGCGAAUGGGGAUGCCAUUUUGAAAUUUGAACCCCUUAUUCUUCAUGUACAGUGUCGAGAGUUGCAGGAUGCACAGAUUCUGCAUUCAGUGGCGAUAGAUUCUGGUUUCAGGAACUCUGGCAUAACAGUCGGAAAGAGAGGAAAGACUAUGUUGGCUGUCCGGAGCACACAUGGCUUAGAAGUUCCAUUAAGCCAUAAGGGAAAACUGAUGGUGACAGAGGAAUAUAUCGACUUCCUAUUAGAGACAGCAAAUCAAAAAAUGGAGGAAAACAAGAAGAGAAUUGAAAGGUUUUACAACUGCCUACAACAUGCUUUGGAAAGAGAAAGAAUUACUGACUUACAUCCCAAAAAGAAAAUCAUCAAGAAAAAUACUUCAUAUUCUCAUAAGAAAAAAAGAAACCGAGAAAAAGCAUGUGGCAAAUGUGUUACUGAAGACAAUGAUAAAGAACUUGAAAAUGAUGAUGAUCCUGGAAUCAAUGUUACUAUCUUCCCUGAAGAUUACUGA